GGCCGGCUAGUACCUGGCGGGAUCGCCAGUCCCCCGGGAUCUGGCGGCUCGACCGGAAACACCGGGAACUCGAACUCGGCGGCCGCGAGACGCGGCAAUCGCAGACUCACGCGCAAUGAGAGCCGCUAUCAUUCCGAGGUGCGCCAGGAGGCAGUGCAGCAAGCUUUGGCAGCGAUGCAAGGUCGUCCGAAGCCGUCGUUGCCAAUGCCGUCGAAGAGAACCUCCGUGAUGGCCAGGAGUCCCGACCGGGAACGUCGCGACAGCGGUGAAUCAAGCAGCGACGAGGACAGCGUCGUCACCGAGGAGAGUCCCGGUGCUGGUGGUCCAACGGGCACAGGGCUGUCGGAUACCAGCAGCACCGGUUCCGCCCGAGACACGCCCCCGCCACCGAGACCACCGGCCAGGAGACCUCCUGGUGCGGACAUCACCGACAUCGCGGAGUACACGCCUCACGCGUACUGCAACAUCCAGCCGCCGGACGUGACGCACACCAGCAACACACCGGCCGCGCAGCAGUCGACCAGGCGACCGGGCGCCGAUCGUGUCAAUCGUUACCACGUCGUCGAGGAUCAGAACAACACGGGGACCACUGGCCGCUGGAAGGUGUCCGCCAAGAUACAACAGUUGCUCAACACGUUGAAACGGCCGAAACGUCGGCCGUUGCCGGAGUUCUACGAGGACGAUGACAUCGAGCUCGAGAUCGCUGCCAAUCCCAAAGACCCGAACGCCCCGAAACCGGAGGGCGGUUCUAUGACCUCCGCGGUCGGUGAACCGCUAUCGGUCGCCGCGGGCUUGCCCAGGUCGCUCGAGGCCGCCAUACAGAGCCGUUCGCACAAGAUAGCGUACACGCUGCUGAACAAGGCGCUGAGCCGCGGCGGGGAUUGCUGCCUGAAGCCCGGCGACCGGAUCGCCCUGGUCUAUCCGAACAACGACCCGAUAAGCUUCAUGUGCGCCUUCUACGGUUGUCUUCAAGCUGGUAUCGUACCUGUACCGAUCGAAGUCCCCCUGACCCGUCGGGACGCAGGCUCCCAGCAAAUCGGCUUUCUCCUGGGUAGCUGUGGAAUUCAGGUGGCGUUGACCAGCGAAGCUUGCCUGAAGGGUCUGCCAAAGACGGCGGCCGGCGAGGUGGUGGCGUUCAAAGGUUGGCCAAAGCUUCAUUGGUUCGUCACGGAACACUUGGGCAAAACGCCGAAGGAUUGGCUACCACCGCCGCGACUCACCGACGACACUCCGGCGUACAUCGAGUACACCACCGACAAGGAUGGCUCGGUGAUGGGCGUGACGGUGACAAGAUCGGCGAUGCUGGCACAUUGUCGAGCUCUGACGCAAGCCUGCGGCUACACGGAGGGGGAGAACGCCGUGUGCGUUUUGGACUUCAAACGGGAGGUCGGCCUCUGGCACAGCACCCUCACCAGCGUACUCAACGGGAUGCACGUGAUUUUCAUUCCGUACGCCCUGAUGAAAGUGAAUCCCGCCAGUUGGAUGCAGAUGAUCACGAAGCACCGUGCCAGCGUGGCGGUGGUGAAGUCGCGAGACCUUCAUUGGGGCCUCCUGGCCACCAAGGAUCACAAGGACAUCUCCUUGUCGUCGCUGAGGCUGUUGUUGGUCGCAGACGGUGCCAAUCCCUGGUCUCUCUCUUCCUGCGACCAGUUCCUCUCCGUAUUUCAGUCGAAGGGUCUGCGACCGGACGCCGUGUGCCCGUGCGCGUCCUCCAGCGAAGCCCUCACCGUGUCGGUCAGAAGACCAGGCCGUGCCGGAGUGAACGCCACUGGACGAGGCGUGCUCUCCAUGUCCGGGCUGAGUUACGGCGUCGUCAGAGUCGAUCAAGAGAACUCUCUCACCUCUUUGACGCUUCAAGAUUGCGGUCAAGUCAUGCCAGGAAGUAUCGUGGUUGUGAUCAAGAUGGAGGGUCAGCCGUUCAUCUGCAAGACCGACGAAGUAGGCGAGAUCUGCGUGCACAGCUCGGCGACUGGGAAUCAAUACUGGGGGCUGCAAGGGCUGACGAACAACACGUUCAAAGUCUCUCCGCUUCAAGCCGACGCGAGUCCGCUCGGCGACGUAGAGUACACCCGUUCUGGUUUGUUGGGUUUCUUGGGCCCUGGCGGUCUCGUGUUCGUUUGCGGCUCGCGCGACGGCCUCAUGACCGUCACCGGGAGGAAACACAACGCCGACGAUAUCAUCGCCACGGUGCUAGCCGUCGAGCCAAUGAAGUUCAUUUACCGCGGCAGAAUAGCCGUUUUCAGCGUGCGCGUCCUCAGGGACGAGCGAAUAUGCGUCGUCGCGGAGCAACGACCCGACUGCAGCGAAGAGGAGAACUUCAAGCUCGACGAAUUCUCUAAUCUGUGCGUACGUUCAUCCUGCCAGAGUUUUCAAUGGAUGUCCCGGGUUCUUCAAGCGGUCGAUUCCAUUCACGCCGUUGGCAUAUACUGUCUGGCGUUGGUCCCGCCAAAUUAUCUUCCGAAAACGCCGCUGGGCGGUAUUCACCUGUCGGAAACGAAACGACGUUUCCUAGAGGGUACUCUUCACCCGGCUAACGUUCUCCUUUGUCCACACACUUGCGUUACCAACCUACCGAAACCACGCGAGGUCCAUUCAGACGUUGGUCCGGCCAGUGUCAUGGUGGGCAACAUUGUUCAGGGUAAUAGACUAGCUUCGGCUCAAGGACGAGACAUGGGUGUUCUAGACGAGGACAGUGACAAUGCUAAAAAGUAUCAGUUCAUCUCGGAGAUACUUCGAUGGCGUGCUGUCAGUACCUCCGACCACGUGAUAUUCACGUCGUUGAACGCGAAGGGAGCGGUGGCGACGUCGUUGUCGUGUUCUCAGUUGCACAAGAAAGCCGAACGGAUCGGGAAUCUGUUGCUAGAUCGUGGAAGGAUCAAUACCGGGGACCACGUUGCGUUGAUAUUCCCUCCGGGUACCGACUUGAUAUGCGCGUUUUACGGUUGCCUGUACGUUGGCGCCGUGCCAGUCACGAUUAGGCCGCCUCACCCGCAAAAUCUUCAAACCACCCUGCCAACCGUUCGCAUGAUCGUGGACGUUAGUAAGUCUGUGCUCGUGCUCACGAAUCAAAAUAUCCUGAAACUGUUGAAGACAAAGGAGGCGAAUAACGUCGUCGACAUUAAGAGUUGGCCGACGAUUCUCGAUAUGGACGACAUGCCAAAGAAGAAGCUACCUGUUAUGUAUCGAGCACCCACGGCGGAGAUGCUGGCUUACUUGGACUUCAGCGUCUCGACAACGGGAAUGCUCGCAGGAAUUAAGAUGUCUCACGCAGCGGUGACAUCUCUCUGUCGUGCCAUGAAACUUGCCUGCGAAUUGUAUCCGUCUAGGCACAUCGCUCUGUGUUUGGAUCCCUACUCUGGAUUAGGAUUUGCCCUUUGGUGUCUCAGCAGUAUAUACAGCGGUCAUCAUUCCAUACUUAUACCACCGUCGGAGGUGGAAGCAAAUCCAGCGUUGUGGCUAUCGGCAGUCAGCCAGUCCAGAGUGAGAGACACGUUUUGCUCUUACGGUGUGAUGGAACUGUGCACAAAGGGUCUUGGUUCUUCCGUUCACGCCCUGAAAGCGAGAGGCGUCAGUUUAGCCUGCGUUCGAACGUGCGUCGUCGUCGCCGAGGAAAGACCGCGAAUCGCACUUACCACGAGCUUCAGCAAACUCUUUUCCGCCCUGGGUCUCAGCCCUCGCGCCGUCUCCACCUCUUUCGGAUGCAGAGUGAACACAGCCAUUUGCUUGCAGGGUGCAUCGAGUCCAGAACCUUCCACUGUGUACGUUGAUCUCCGCGCGCUGCGCAACGACCGAGUAUCGCUGGUAGAAAGAGGCAGUCCACACUCCUUAUGCCUGAUGGAGUCGGGCAAAUUAUUGCCAGGAGUGAAGGUGAUCAUCGCCAAUCCAGAAACGAAAGGACAGUGCGGAGAUUCUCAUUUGGGCGAGAUUUGGGUGCAAUCCGCGCACAAUGCCAGCGGUUAUUUCACGAUAUACGGCGACGAGAGCGACUACGCGGACCAUUUUAACGCGCGCCUCGUGACAGGGAGCACGAACGAGGUUUACGCCAGGACUGGUUAUCUCGGUUUCCUAAGACGUACCGAGAGCGUACAGCAAUCGGUUAUCAGUGACAUUCCCGGUGACACUUCCGCCGAAGCGGAUCUCGUUCCUGGCGACUCUGAAUUACACGACGCUCGCCGUAUUCACGUGGACCAACUUGCUGGUAGUGGUGGUGGAACUCGACGGAAGCGAGAGCGAGGCUUUAGAUCUCGUGGCAUUGGUUACCAGCGCUGUUCUGGAAGAGCAUCAUCUGGUGGUCGGUGUAGUGGUCGUAGUGGAUCCCGGGGUAGUUCCAAUAAAUUCGCGUGGCGAGAAGCAACGAAUGCACUUGCGCGAUGGUUUCCUAGCGGACCAACUCGAUCCGAUUUAUGUGGCGUA